CACAUACUACUUAAUUCUAUAAAGUUCUUAAUUUUCAAAAGUUAUAUUAAGCACGGUGGGAGGUUCAACAUUGCUUAGGGAAACCUUUCAAAUGACCACUUCUAUGAAAGCUAACCUUGUAGAAGUAUAAUCUCCACAACUUAACACACAAUUUGAAUUAAAUUUGCAACGCUGCAAAAUUCAUAUGAUUUUUGCCAAGAACAAUUUACGACAUUAGCAAUAUUUUAGUGAGAUUUAUUAGACUUUUAGCGUUCAAGCAACAAAUUGCACACUUAAUUCGACUGAAGUGCAUAAAAGCCGUCACUCAACUCAAGCUGCAGCUGCCAGCCUGCCAGCUAGCUAGUUGACUAUAGAAAGCGUGGGGAACUGCAAACAUUUUUGCUGCCUGCAGUAAAUUCAUUAAACUCUGACGUCGACAGAUCACACCAGCGAAAGACAAUAAUUCAAAAGACUUAAGGCACGAACUUCAUUGUGUAUCAAAAUAAAAUGCAAAGGCUGAGAAAAUUUCACAUUGCAAAGUGCAAACAAACAUAAUUCAAUUUAACAACUUUUCGAUUCUCUUGCAUUUAGCGAAUUCAUAAAGAUUUUUGCAUUUUGUGCAUGCGAAAAUCCAAGCGAAUUCGCCCAUUUUAAAUAUGUGCGCUUGUGUGUGCGAAACGCAGCCUUGAAUGUCUAUUUGCUUAUGUGUGUGUGUGUAUUUGCAGAGACACUACAGCAAGUGAAGUGAAAAAAUUUACCAACAAUAAAAUAAAAUAAAUGUACGCAUAAAUAAUUGUUGUGAAAAAUACAGGCGCUUGUGAUAAUAUAAUCGAAAAAAAGGCAGACAACAAUAAUAACAGCAACAAGAGUGGAUUAUCAAAUAGCAGCGAAUAAAAUUAAUUACGCGCGCGAUCACACACGAUCGUUUAAAGCGAGCUGGUGAAUGGCUGAAAAUGUGAAGCCGAGCGCCAAAAGCCAAACAGAAACAACAACAACGGCAAUUGUUGCUCACAUAAUCGCUGUCGGCGACUAAAGUUUUAGUUGGUCAAGCAACAAGAAACAAGAGACGCAUACAAGUCAGCAUAUAACAAAAAAUACAACAACAAAAAAGCAGAAAAAAAAAUUAAAAAACAACAAAAGCAAACAAAAAAAAAACACAUUAACGAAAAUAACGAGUGUAAUAGUAUUUAAUAGCGGCAAGCGAUUUGCCAACGAAACGUGCAACGCAGACGAAUAACGAAAACCGCCGCUGCAACAACAGCAACGGCUGCACAUAACCGGGCGCAAGCAGCAAAACAAACAAACACACCUAUUUACAUAUGUUUGUGUUUCCAGAGCGACUUUAAAUUAUUUGCACCAAUAUUUGAGCGCUGCACUGGCGCCAACACACAACAAAAAUACAACAAAAAUAAAAUUAUAAUAAAUAAAUAAAUUAUCAACUGUUUGUUGUUGUUGCAUGUCGCACCUCGCCUACAUCAUUUCCAUUCGGAAAACAGUUCAACAACUUCUCGAAAUUGUCCUGUGCGCAGUGAAAACACGACAGCUGCACCACUUGCGGACAGCGCAAAAACAAUCGAUUGCUUGCAACAAGCUGUGGCAAGCUUAUAGCUCAUCAACAGCAACGUUGCAGUGCCACCAAUUUUACAAACACAAAAAAAACUUGUAUAAUUUCGAAACAAAUUUUGGUGAAAUUUUCACAAUUCCCGACAGCAGACGCAGGAAAGUAACUGCAAUGAAGCGCCAGCAAAAACAACAACACCAACAACAUAUGGACACUGCGGUUGCAGUUAGUCAGCGCAAAUGUCAAAUGUCCACGCAACGUGCGGCGUUGUCGCGUACGCUGGCAAAGCUGUCAGUCGUAUUGUUGCUGAUUUCUUUAUUGGCCGUUGCCAACUGUCAUGUUUGCGGCCAACCUGCUGUGCCGCUUAAUGCCAAAGUACAGACCAUCUCCGGCGUUGCGGGUAUCAUAGAAGCUAAAUACGAUUGCGAUUCAGGUUAUGAGCUCUUCGGUCCGAAAUCCAUCAAAUGCGAUCAGAGGACUGGUUGGGAGCGUGAGUUGCCAUUUUGUGGCACGAAUGUAGCUUAUCGCAAGCCGGUCAAUCAGAGUUCGUACACACGUGCAGGACCGGCGAAUUACGCCAACGAUGGCAAACCGGGGAAUAAGAAUCCGGAUGGUCAACAGUGUUCCGAAACGCAGAAAGAACCAUCACCCUGGUGGCGCGUUGACUUGCUAGCACCACAAGCUGUGCGCGUAGUGCGCAUUACCACACGUGGCUGCUGCGGCCAUCAGCCCUUGCAGGACCUCGAGAUACGUGUUGGCAACAGCAGCGCUGAUCUACAACGUAAUCCACUCUGUGCCUGGUAUCCAGGCACUGUGGAAGAGGGUAUUACGAAAACAUUCUCCUGUGCGCGUCCACUCAUUGGGCAAUAUGUGGCCAUACAAUUGGUGGGUGUGGAGGGCAGUUUGAGCUUGUGCGAAGUGGAAGUUUUCACUAACGAUGAAUUCUCCGUCGAUCGCUGUCUCAGCCCCAAUCUGAGUGUGGACACAGUGUUGACGACAUUCUCGAAGACAUGCUAUGAAUUCCAUGUUACCAAGGGUGAGAAUUUCGAGAAGGCGCAACAGAUGUGUGAAGCAACUGGUGGCAAUUUGGUGCACGAUUUUCGUGGUGCCGCCAACGAUUAUAUACUCGCCGAAUUGGAACGACGCAAAACCGAACUGAAGACACAGCUGGUGUGGAUCGGUGCACAAAAAGAACCCGGCAUUACUUCGCGCACCUGGAAAUGGGUUAACGGUGAAGUGGUGCAGAAACCGGCCUGGGGCAAAGAUCAGCCCAACAACUACAAUGGCGAGCAGAAUUGUGUGGUGUUGGAUGGCGGACGCAACUGGUUGUGGAAUGAUGUGGGCUGCAAUUUGGACUACCUGCACUUUAUAUGUCAGCAUUCACCUCUCUCUUGCGGCUCUCCGGACUCACAGCAGAAUACUACAGUUAUCGGGCGCAACUAUACCUUGGGCAACACAAUCAUAUACGAAUGUCCGAAGGGUCAUUCGCUGCUCGGCGAUGCAGAGCGCACUUGCCACGCGGACGGUACUUGGGGCGGACGCGCGCCCACCUGCAAAUAUGUCGAUUGCGGUCCGCUGCCGGAACUAGAGCAUGGCGCCAUUCUAAUGUCGGAGCAACGCACCAGCUAUGGCGUGCAAGCGACCUACACUUGUCACGAGAAUUACACGCUCAUUGGCAAUGAGAAUCGCACUUGCGAGCUGACUGGUUGGACGGGCAAACAGCCGGAAUGUUUGGUUGAUUGGUGUCCUGAGCCGCCACGCAUCGCUGGCGGCAGCGUUAGUGUGACAGACAGGCGCGCCGGCUCGACGGCCACCUAUGAAUGCGAGGCCGGUUAUGUGCUGGUGGGCGAACCGAUAAUUUCCUGUGGCCUCGGUGGUGAGUGGUCCAGCAAGCCGCCAUCAUGCCGUUUCGUCGAUUGCGGCGCGCCGGCGCGUCCCGAUCGAGGUCAUGCAGUCUUGGUGAACGCGUCAACCACAGUUGGUUCGAUGGUGAAAUAUGAAUGUGAAGAAGACUACUGGUUGGACGGUCCAUCGGAGUUGUACUGCACCAAAGAGGGUAAAUGGUCGGGUGAUGCGCCGUUGUGCGAAUUGGUCGCUUGUGAUACACCACAUGUACCAGCCGGUUCCUUUGUGGUGGGUUAUGACUAUAAUGUGCACUCGAAAAUUCAAUACAACUGCGAUCCGGGGUAUGUGCUGCGCGGCAGUCCGACAUUGGAGUGUUUGGAAACCGGAGAGUGGAAUACGGAUGCACCAUUCUGUGAAUACAUUGACUGCGGCAUUAUAACGCCCAUACCAUAUGGCUCCAUAAAGUAUACACAAAAUACUACAUAUGUGGGCUCGGAAGUCACCUUUAGCUGUACACAAUCCCAUAAACUGAGUGGUGUGCCAAGGCGCGUUUGUCUAGAGUCCGGUGUUUGGAGUGAUGCCUCACCGAAAUGUGAAGAAAUCCGUUGCUCCGAGCCUGUACUGGCCGCUCACAGUUUACUCUCAGUGACUGGCAAUGAUCGCAUGUACGGUCGUACUCUUAUUCGUACUGCUGACUCCACACAGAACAGCGCACAAACCUAUAAGAUUGGCGCUUUAGCCAAAUAUCGUUGUGAACGCGGCUAUAAGAUGGUGGGAGAAGCUCUUGUUACAUGUGAAGAUAAUGGCCAAUGGAGUGGCGCGGUACCGGAAUGUGUGUACGUUGAGUGCGGUAUUCCAGCCAAUAUUACGAAUGGCAAGGUGACCCUAGCUACGAAUGUGACAUAUUAUGGCGCAGCCGUAUUAUAUGAGUGCAACGCUAACUUUAAACUCGAUGGAGUAUCACGUCGCCUGUGUACAGAAGACGGCACUUGGAGUCACGAAAAACCUGCAUGCAUUGAGAUCACUUGUGAUGAACCGGACAUCAGUGAAAAUCUAAUUGUCGACAUUAUCGAUCACUCAGUGGGCUCACAGGCGAAAUUUAAAUGUGCCAAAGGACGUACGCUGAUCGGCAAUAAUACAAGAGUCUGCCUAAAGAACGGCAAAUGGGCGGGGAAAAGUCCAAGUUGUAAGCCUGUUGACUGCGGCCGACCGCCGAUGAUUGAGAAUGGACGCGUGAUAGUGGUGAAUGAGUCCACCUUAUAUGGCGGCUCUGCGGAGUAUCAUUGCAUACCAAGCUACAACCGCAUCGGACAGUAUCUACGCAAAUGCACCGAGGAUGGCACCUGGAGUGGCGAUGAGCCGCGUUGUGAAGUCGCUGCCACAGAAGCACAAGAGAGCUCUAGCUUAGGUACCGGCAUUACGAUCGGUGCCACAGUCAUCAUUUUGCUACUUUUCAUUAUCGGUCUCAUAUUUCUGCAUCGCAACAAAGCGCGACCAGUAAAGAACACCGAGAAUGUGCAAGCGGCUGAGACCAAAGAUGAACGCAAUGCGGCGGUGAUGUCUUACUCGACACUCGAAGCCAAUAAUCGCCUACAUUUGGACAAUGGACCGCCGGCGACAUUCAAUACAUUCCAAGUGAAUGGACGUAAUGGUAAUGGGACCAUUGGCCGUAAGCCAGAGAACAUCUACGAUCAAAUACCCAGCGAACAAUUUUACGAUGCGCCAUAUGAGAUGCGCAACAACGAUGAGGUCUACGAACCUGAACCGACAGCCGGAAAUGUCAUCACCAUAAACGGCAUAUCGGUGCGAUGAACAGCAUGCGGAACCGCAGAGUCAGCACGUCGUUGUGGUUAUUUUUAAUAAAUAUUACAUAAAUUAAGUGCUAAGUUCAUGUUGAGCAUUUAAAGUAGUAAUUUGGGGCGAAUGGAGCUCUUUCAUUAUUUUUAUUUUCGUACUACAGUAAAGGCUUGUCUGUUGGGGCAGACUUUGCUAUAAUUUCUGUGUAGAAUACUAUGGAGUGUUUGACAAAUGAAAUGAGUGGACGUAAGUACAUUCUAACUUGAGCUUCGUACUGAGUAUUAGCGAAAAAUGUUUUAAGAGAGCAGCUAUUUAGUAUUUUCAUAUAUGUAUAUAUACUAAAGAUUUAAUACUUGCAUUUGAACAAGUAGUAGUAAUGAAGUAUUUAUCUAAAAGUGCAGUCCAACGUUUGAUUUUUGAAAAUAAUUGCAUACGAAACUCAACCUUAACAUAUAGCUUACACAUUUAUGUAUAACGAAACGUCGUUGUAUGUUAUUUUAUAUAUAUACAAUAUAUUAAAACCACUCUUAUAAUCCUAUACAUAUACUGUUAAAAUGAAUAUACGAAUAUAAUUAGUGCAUCUAGUAAUAAAAUUGUAGAUUUUGUAAAUUUUUUGCUUAGUUUUAAAUUAAGAAAUAUGUUUACCCAUCUUAGGUUUAAGUUGCCUUGUAAAUAUUACGUUAUCUGUUUAAUUUGUAUGUUAACUAAAUAUUUAUUAAUAUAAAUGGUCUGUGUCGCACAAUAAAUAAAUUAUAAUAACGAAAUAAAAUAUACUAUAUGUUAAAUAUUAAAAAAAAUUAAAUUUAUUUUGUAUUUAUUAUUUAAAUGAUAAAAAAUUAUAAGUGUCAUCUGACGGCGAAAUUUAAACUACUUUUAGUGACUUAAAACCGACGCUACAUGUGAUUGGUUGUAAUUUUCAAAUCUGGUACUAAAUUUUACCUAAUGCCUUCAAAGAUCAUUUUAUAGACGUUGACUAAAGAUCGCUUAGAUUAAGGCUUAAUCGCCGAAAAUGGUUAGGAUUCCCGAAAUAGACAUUGAAUCUAUCAAUUUCGACCUGAACAUAGUGUCAGAUUAAACUUUUAUAAACCCAAAAUUGACCAAAAACAAACCAAACAUAUGGCAUGUUUUGCAUGCCAGGCGGCCUUGUAUGAUAAUAAAUACCUCUUUGCUCGCCCACUCCAACCAGCACAAUUAACACUCUUGCCUCUAUGAAAGAUCUCAUUUCCUGAACCUGCCGUUGGAUGAUGUCGAUGAAAAUACCAAGCCUUCCUUCCUUCGUUCCUUCAAACAAAGCUUAAAGAAUAUUUUUCUUUGAAGACAAUAACUCUUACUUCCUUCUUACUAAGCUAGGCUACUUAGAACUUUAUAACUUGAAAGGAUAAAUCAAAUAAAAGUAUUUGUGGAUACAACACUCAUUUUCAUUUUGAAUACUUUAUAACUAACUUCGUGUCUAAAAAGUCUCAUUUUAGUAUUCUUUCAACUACUAUAUUUUUUGUAAAGUGUUCAGCAAUUGUCCACUGCAUUAUAAAUAUAUAAAACUUGUACUACUGAUAAGAUACAUAUUCAAUAGAAUUAACACAUUAACACUCGUACGGUUUUAGGACUAAAAAUUAGUUAGAUAUAUUCAUGUAUUAUGGUCAUAACCUACACAGCAUCGAUAUGAUCGCCUUGAAAUGCAAACGAAGAUGCUUCAGACGUGUCAGAACACUGCACUCCGUACGAUAAAAAGACUCCUCCUGACAUGGUGUGGCCUGCAUGCUUCCGGCUAAAGAACAACAUGCACUCUUCUCGAAGCAGUUUCUACUGAGAAUUUCGCAAAAUUCAUCCCUUCAGUCAUUUGCCUGAAGCGGAGCCGCCUCCUGUGUGCAUCAAGAGGUUAUUCCUUGAUUGCGUCGACGACAUAUAACAAUCCGCUCACCAGACCACGGUCGCAACUAACUUCAGACAUGCACUGAAGGUCAUUCAGAGUCCCAGUGAAUGGCGAUUAGAGUCAAAGCACAGCCCAUUGCAAACGAAGAGCUCGAGUUUCCCUGUGAAUCUAGAGUGAUCCUUUCACAAUUUCGUUUUGGAAAUGAUAGCAAGUUAAACUUCUAUCUAUCCCACAACAACUAAUCAGUUGCUAUCAGUAGUAGUCAGUUGCUAUGCAUAAUGCAAAUUUUGGUAUAGCCUAGUGACAACUGUAUUUCUUUUUUAAAUUAAUAGUACAAGAAAUAUAAAAAAAAAAAAAAAUAUAUUAAAAACUCUCGACUUGAAUCUCAAGAGCAUGCUUUAUUGGAGUUUUUUACGUUUAAGAUGGAUGCAGAAACAAAGCAUGUCUCUAAAGUUGUGACGUAUAGAACGAGCUAAUCAAUCGUCGGACUUCAACCAGCAUAUUAGAGAGACUUAUAAACAAAAAUUAAAAAUAAUUUUUUACUUUGAAAUCUUUUAAACAAUUUUUUUAUAUCAUUAUUUAAAUGAGUGAGUAUUGUAAAUAUAAUAUUAACACGGAGUUUUUUAUGAAAUUUUUCUACGUAACCAUUCCAAAAUAAAUAUGUGUACAACAGGCAGAGAAUUGAGUACUUUUUAAAAUAAUGUACUAUAUAUUUACAAAGAACUUUAAAUAGAAUCUCCAAACUUUAAAUAGACUUCCAUGAAUCCAUGUGUUUUUAAAAAGAAUUGCAAAUAUAUUAAAAACAUGCUUUAUCUAAAAAUUUAUUUGUAAACGAACGCACAAAAGAACACAUGUAAAGUGAUUAUCGCUUAAAUAAUACUUAAGAACCUCACCACGCGACGCAAACAAAAAUAAUAUUGUCACCAUAAUGAAGAUGUUUACCUACUUGGUGCUAAAAAUAAGCCGUCCCAUUUUUAUCUAUUUUAUUCACUGAGCAACUAAUGCACUCUAACCUAAAUAAAGUACCUGCUUGUUUCAGCUUAUAAUCCCUCAACACUUCACUUCCAAAUAUCAGUCACUCUUCGCCUACGCAUAAAAGAAGUGCAUUUGCGUUCGCGUCGCUUAAACUCGAUUUAUUUAAAAGAAAACAUUUAAAAGCAAAAUGUUAAAAGUAUUGCAAAAUCAUCCAAUCGCCUGCAACGUCUUAUUUGUGGGAUUUGUUUUCGUUAUGCAAAAAGCAUUGCAGCUCUUUUGCACCGCUGAAAUUAAACUAGAACAACUGGGCCAACUACAAGUCCAAGAUAUAUUUAUCAAAAGAUCGGCUGCAAAUGAAAGAAGGGAAUGAGUGUGACACGGCUGAAGGGUCAUUGUGCAAUUGGAAUGAAUAUACGAGUAUCUUCAUUUCGAAAGUUUUUAAUGAUUAUGAAUAAGUAGCAAUAAAAUGCCAUUUUUUCGUGUAAAAAUAUUUUUAAAUUUUGUAUUCGUUUUUUAAAUUUUAUAAAUUUUGUUUGUAUUAAAAUAUAAAAAAAUAUUCAGAAAGGUUUUAUUUUCCAUACACCACUGAGCUGCAAGUUGCCAUCAACAGACCAACAGUGUUGUUUGGUUUAGCACUGAGAAAUUAUUAAUAAAUAUUAUAACUCUUUAUGGAGUGAGAAUACGAUGCAGAAAUUUUUGUAGACACAUUUUUGUGCUGAAAACUCCAGAACUCCGUUUAAAAAUAAUUAUAAGAAGAUUUUUGUUUCCUACUAGUAAAGAAAACACAUUAAACGUAAAAAUCUCUGAUCAAAAUUAAGAAAAGAGCCGAACCGAAAACAAUCAUGGUUCUUCUGAUGUUUGUGAUUUUUCCUUCCGAAAAAAUAAAUUUUAAAGUUUGUUUUAUUACAGUUUUUAAUUUAAGCACCCACGAAUAUUCAUUUUUAUACUGCGGUUAUACCACCCUAAUGUCAGUAAACCAUAAUAAGUUUAGCGUACUCUACAUAAUUAAAAUAAAUUUUUAUUCAUAAAUUUUGUUUAUUCAGCACUUAAA